UGAACCGACUCGUACGUCUCGUGUAGUAAACUGUAGAACUUAUAAAAAAUAAAAUACAAAUUUAAAGAUGGAAGGUGAAAGGACCGGACUCUUUCCGUGGCUCGUGAUGCUUCUUCUCCCAGAAGAUUGUUACAUCACAUUCUUUGAAAACUUCGACUUCCUAGAUGUUCCCUGCUUAAAAAUCGCCUUGAGCAAAGUAUUAGGAUUAGGCAUCAUUGCUGGAUCUCUGAUGGUGAAACUACCACAGAUUGGUAAGAUUUUGGCUUCUAAAAGUGGAGAAGGCUUGAAUGUACUUUCUGUUAUACUAGAGCUUGGAGCGAUAUCUUCAUCAUGGGCAUAUUCCUUUGCAAAUGGUUACCCUUUUUCUGCAUGGGGUGAAGCCCUGUUUCUAGCUGUACAGACCGUCACUAUAGGAUUUUUGUGCAUGUUGUAUAAUGGAAACCAGGCCGGAGCUAUGUCCUUCUUGCUCUCUUAUCUUGGUAUCAUGUACGUCCUUCUGUCAGGACUGGCUCCCAUGAGCACCAUCGCCAUGGUACAAGCUGCCAACAUGCCUGUCGUCAUUGUUAGCAAGUUAAUACAAGCCUACACAAACUUCAGCAACGGCCACACCGGUCAGCUCUCCGCAGUGACCGUCUUCAUGCUGACCGCAGGUAGCCUGGCCCGAAUCUUCACCAGCGUACAGGAGACAAACGACCCCAUGCUGGUCUGGACAUACAUCGUCGCAUCGUCCUGCAACGCCAUGAUAGCCUCCCAGCUGGUCUGGUAUUGGGGCGCAACCAAGGAAUACCUCAUCAGGCAACAGUCGAAGAAAGCAGAGUAGUUAUGUAGAUAGCUCAAUGGGCAAAAAAUAAAAAUAAAUCCACAGGGGCAAAGGGAAAUACUCAUUGAAAUGUGCAAAAUAGUUGUUAUUUGGUGCCAUGACCAUUGCUAGAAAGGAUAGCAGAUUAGUUGAUUGCCUCAGCUAAAGUAGGUAUUGGGAUGCCAAACAUGGAAUACCUCAGUAGACAACAAUUUAAGAAAGCAGAAUAGUUGCUUUAAUAGCUCAACAAGCAAAAAAAAAUCUAGGGGAAGGUUGAGAGGGGGGAGGGUAAUGAAUACACCCUAAAAAUGUCCAAAAUAUGUAAUUUUGGUGUCAACAUCCCAAAAUGGCCGACGGGUGAGUUACAUCCUUCUGCUUGUUAAACAUGCAAAUUCACAUGAUAAUAUCCAAAGCAUACUUGAAAUGUUUCCAUUUGCAAAUUAUGCCAAUGAAAGGUAUGUUCUUGUCAAUCUUUGGAAAUUACUUUUAAAGA